GGCAUUUUGAAAUGAAAAAUAGCCUUUUGAGACAGCCCAUAUAGCAGCUCCAGAGGCAGUUCUUGGGAAAUUCCCUAGAGGAAAUUCUGAAAUACUCGUUUGGUUUAUCAAAAAAGCAUGACUUUGGCAGAGAGAAAGCAGAAAACAGACAUUUCCUGUGGGAAUUUUGCUGAUAAGAGAGUAUUUCACAAGCAGACCCAGGAACACUGAUUGAUUACGCAACUGGGAGGACUUUGGUAUUCUCCGCCUCGUUCCGCCUGCUUGCGCAAUGGAAAGCAUUUAAGGGACAAAGUAGUCCUAGCUUUAAAAAGUGGCUGGAUGAGCACCGGAGGCGGCUGCCAAAGGACAAGAUGGCACCCUGGAUGAGCCUUUUCUUAACUCAGUUGACCUUCAUUGCUGCAUCUAUAAAGGGAGGCUUGGCAGAGGACCCAGAACCUAGCUGCUGUGCACAGCUAAAAGGGCUGUCUGAGUGUGGGCCAGACAAGAAAUUCUUUUUCCAAGGCCAGCCUGGGACUCCCGGGAUCCCUGGCAUACCAGGAACAAUUGGAUCACCUGGAGCUAAGGGAGAGCCUGGCCCUCCGGGGCCCCCUGGUGAGAAGGGCUCCCCUGGAGAGCAUGGAAAAGCUGGACCCAAAGGAGACACAGGAGAAGCUUGUGCUUCGGACUGCGGAGGCAGCUCCCAGCAACAAGGCCCAAGAGCCAAGAACUGCAAAGAGCUUCUAGACCAGGGCGAGACCCUAAGUGGGUGGUACACCAUCUUCCCCACAGCUAAGAAAACACUGGCUGUCUUCUGCGACAUGGAGACUGAUGGAGGAGGCUGGCUGGUGUUCCAGAGAAGACAGGAUGGAUCAGUAGAUUUCUACCGUGGCUGGGAGUCCUACAAGAGGGGGUUUGGGAACCGAGCAUCUGAGUUCUGGCUGGGCAACGACAACAUCCAUGUUCUCACUAGUUCGGGGACACACCAACUGAGGGUUGAUGCCGAGGACUUUGCCAAAGUCAAAACUUUUGCCCUGUAUACAAGCUUCAAAGUCCUGAGUGAAAAUGACAACUACACAUUGACCCUGGGCUCUUACUCCAGUGGUGACAUGGGAGAUUCUUUAUCUGUGCACGACAACAUGCCAUUUUCAACGCGGGACAAAGAUAAUGACAACAGUGUCUCCAGCUGCGCAGAAGUCUACACGGGUGCAUGGUGGUAUGGGGACUGUCAUCAUUCUAACCUCAAUGGGCUCUAUCUCAAAGGCGAACACAGCUCUUAUGCCAAUGGCAUCAACUGGGCUGCUGGGAAGGGUUAUCAUUACUCUUAUAAAUAUGUGGACAUGAAAAUAAGACCAGAGUAGGUAGCGAAGAAAAGAUCUAGUGUAGGCUGGGUGCUUUACAGCAGAGGGCCUGGGCACUACUUUAGCUUCAAUCUCUCGUGCAUUCUCCAAUUUUAACCUGUGAGGCAGCCUGAAUUAGGAGACAUCUCCACAAAGGUGACACCUGACUUAUCCUCCUUGCCCCAGUCUUGAUCCAAUAAGGUUAUCCAUAAGGACUAGGGGAGCAGGCACCUUCUGUAGCCUUAAGUCAGGGAUAGGGAAGGUGUGACUCUCCAGAUGUGGUUGGGAUUCCAAACUCCCUCCUAUCAGCCUCAGCCAGCAGUCAAGGAUGGUGGUUGUAGUCUAGUGACAGCUGGAGGGCCAUAGUUUCCUCAUUCCAGUCCAAACAAUCUUUAACUGUAAACAAGCACACAUAGUCCUACUUUAUAUUAGCUCCUGAAUCUACCCCUUCGGCAGAACAGCCGUUCCCCAUGCAUCCAAUAGCUGAUGUAGGUAGAAGAUUUGGAUACAAGAACUUGAUUUAAAGUAGGCCACGUUACUGAGGAUCUUGGUACAAGAAA